AUGGCCGGCGAUGACUUCGUCGUCGAGGCCUUCACCCUCCUGGCUCUCGCCAUCACCACGAUCGCUUUCCGCCUCGUCGCGCGAUGGGUCACCGCGGGGCCCAAGAACUUCAUGCUCGAUGAUUAUUUGAUGCCGCUGGCGGGGAUCGUCUACGCCCUCGAAACGGCGGCCGCGUACUGCGUCGGCGCGUGGUGGAAAGGCCUCGCCAACAACGCCAUGACGGCCGCCCAGCGCGUCUCUCUGGCCCCGGACUCGGAGGAAUACCGGCUGCGGGUGGGGGGGUCGAAGACGCAGGUGCUGGGGUGGUCGCUGUACACGACGCUGCUGUGGCUGUUGAAGGCGUGUAUGGCGGUGUUUUAUUCGAGGUUGACAGCCGGCCUCAUAAACAUGCACAUCCGCAUCCGCAUCGCCUACCUCGCCAUCGGAGCGACCUACCUCGCCACCAUCCUCAGCAUCCUCGUGGGCUGCCACCCGCUGCACAAGAACUGGCAGAUCAGCCCUGACCCGGGCAAUUACUGCCAACCGGCGGUUUCUCACAUCGAUGUCUAUGUCACGGUGACGCUGAACGUCACGACUGAUUUGUAUCUGAUUUCGAUUCCGUUUCCUAUCCUAUUCAAAGCGCGUCUUCCGACCAGAGAGAAACUGGAGCUGAUUGUGCUUUUCUCGGGCGGGAUCUUUGUCAUGGCGGCGGGCAUUUUACGCUGCGUGUUGAUUGUGACGGCCGGCACAAACGGCGCCUCUCAAGCUGGCAACUGGGCCUGUCGUGAAACCUUUGUGGCGGUAAUCAUCGGCAACGCACCCAUGAUCUACCCGCUGUGUCGACGAUUAGCACGCCGGGCGGGCUGGUACCUCAGCACGCGCGGCGGCAGCGGCGGAGGGAGCACCUCGCGGAGCUAUCCGCUUUCUGAGGCGGAGGGGGGUCCGAGUUCGAUGGGGAGUAGUGGGAUGGGGAGGCGGCAUGGGCAGAAGAAGAGGUUUAGACAUCCGUUGUCGUUGCCGGAUACGCAGUGGAAUGGGACUACCCCAAACGUGUAUGAUAUGAUAUACGACAUUGAUUCUCAUCCAGUCCCUCCCUUCCCCUCAACUACAUCCAAAUCCAGAUGGAUAUACCCAAAAUAA